GCUGCGGGCGCGGCGGGGCCGAGGCUGCCUGGCGGCCCGACGCCUUCCCGGCAGUUUCAGGAAGCACUAAAGAUGGCUGAAUUCCUAGAUGACCAGAAUACUAGACUGUGUGACAACUGCAAAAAAGAAAUUCCUGUGUUUAACUUUACUAUCCAUGAGAUCCACUGUCAAAGGAACAUUGGUAUGUGUCCUGUCUGCAAGGAACCAUUUCCCAAGUCUGAUAUGGAGGUUCACAUGGCUACAGAACAUUGUCAGGUGACCUGCAAAUGUAAUAUGAAGUUGGAGAAGAGGCAGUUACAGAACCAUGAGGAGACUGAGUGCCCUCUGCGUCCUGCUCUUUGCCAGCACUGCGACUUGGAGCUUUCUGUUCUCAAACUGAAGGACCAUGAAGAUUACUGUGGGGCCCGGACAGAGUUGUGUGGCAGUUGUGGGCGCAAUGUCAUGGUGAAAGAUUUGAAGACUCACCCUGAAGUUUGUGGGAGAGACCGGCAGGAAAAGAGAGAAGAGGUCGCCACAUCUCCUGAUGCCUACGAUGAGUCUUGGGGUCAAGAUGGAAUCUGGAUUGCAUCCCAGCUCCUCAGACAGAUUGAGGCUCUAGACCCGCCCAUGAGGCUACCCCGAAGGCCUCUGAGAGCCCUUGAAUCAGACCUUUCCCACAGUAGGACUACCAAUCAAAGGAAUAUGACAACACAGUUUCCAAUUCAGAAUAAUCUGUUGGAAGAACAAGAAAGGCAGGAAAGGAAUCGCAGCCGACAGCCCCCUAAAGUGGGUGGUGAAGACAGUGCAAACUUGGACUUCAUGUUGGCCUUAAGUCUGCAAAAUGAAGGCCAGGCCCCCAGUGUGGCAGAGCAGGACUUCUGGAGGGCCGUAUGUGAGGCGGACCAGUCUCGUGAUCACCUCCAUGCCCUGACCAACACAAAGGGUGGCGCUGACGAGACCAUGCUGCCUUGUGAAUUCUGUGAGGAGCUCUACCCAGAGGAACUGCUGAUUGACCAUCAGACAAGCUGUAACCCUUCAUGUGCCUUACCUUCACUCAAUAUGGGCAGCUCUUCCCCCAAAAGGGUAGAGGAUCCUGAUGUCAUCUUCCAGAAGUUUGUGCAGCAAGCUGCCAGUAACCAGUUAGACUCUUUGAUGGGCCUGAGCAAGUCAUCCCCAGUGGAAGACAGCAUCAUCAUCCCAUGUGAAUUCUGCGGUGUACAGUUGGAAGAGGAGGUGCUAUUCCAUCAUCAGGACCAGUGUGACCAGCGCCCACCCACAGCAAACAACCACGUGAUGGAAGGAAUUCCUAGACAGGAGUCUCAGACUCGAGGGACUUCACCAGAGCUGCCCAAGAGGCGUAUCAGACACCAGGGAGACCUGUCUUCUGGUUACAUGGAUGAUAUCAAGCAGGAAAUGGCCAAAGGGUCCACCUACCCACUGCCCCUCAGCAGGCCCAUUAGCAAUAUGACAGCUGCCUGUAACCGACUGUCAACACCCACAUCAGGCUCCAAACUUGGGGGCCAGCCCAGUCCUCCUCGCAUACUAAAGCUCAACAACCUGGACAGCCAGGACCUCCGGGGACGGAAUCGAAAUAGCCAUAAUGGGGCUGUGGCCGCUGGGCAUGUUCCAGUGAUUCACCCUGGUCGAAAUCUCUACCCGGAAAACCUCAUGCCCUCUUUUGCGCGGGCGCCUGCAGGAAGAUACGGACCAAGUGGUAGGAGUGAAGGUGGCAGGAACUCCCGGGUCAGCCCCACAGCUGCCAACUACCACAGAAGCGCAAAGGCUAAGACGCCCAAGCAGCAGGGCGCCGGAGAUGCGGAAGAGGAGGAGGAGGAGGAAGAGUAAUGGCAUCUGCGGAGCCCCUGCACGCUGGUUCCUGCCUGCCCUGCACAGCAGCGCUUGCCACGGUGCCGGCCCCACCUCUCGGGCCUUUGGGCAGGGGAGAUUUUAUGGAUUUUAACUUUUUCUAGGUUAUGGCCAUUUUGUGUCUUUUGAGAUUGUGCUGUGGAAGUUUGGGGAUUUGAGGGAGGGUUCACAGCCCGUUGAAUGUUACAGCUUUAGUGACUGUCUUUCGGCAGCAGAGAAUUCAAGGGAAGGCCUGUGGUCACCAGGACAUAAUCUUACUGUCACCACUGCUUCUUGGUGCUUUUUGUGGGCCUGGUGGAAGGAGAAAAAGGUUCUGGAAACCUAGUACCCACCAGUGAAAUGAUCUUUUCCCUGCAGGGGCCUAAAUUUGGGAACUUUUCAGUAACCUCUCCCGCCCCUCCCGGGCUUGAAUGUGGAGGAGCUCUGGUCAAGUGUUCAGGCCAGUCGCAAAAUAUAGUAGGAACAAGGCUUUUGGCGAUGAGUUGAGCUAGAGGUGAGUGGACACGGGGCUUUGUUUUAAUCUGCUUCUUUGGCAUUUGGCAUCACUGCCUUGUUUCUGGGGGAGCGUGGCUCCUUUGUCUUCACUGCCUUCUGCUGGAGAAGACUGGAGGCUCCCGGGCCCUGCCAGGGCCAUGCUGGGCUCGGACCUGAUCAGGACUGAGGUCUAAACUUCAUGGUUUGCUCUGAAAACCAAGUGUCAGCCCCCUUCUCCACUUUUAUUUUCCUAUUAUAAUUAUUAAUAAUCCUUGUAAUAGAAAUAAAAUUUGUACUUGGAGUUCGCUGUGUCUUGUGAUUCCAUCUGUGAGCU